CACUUAACAUUUAUUAAGUAUUAAGUAUUAAUUAGGCACUGUGCUGAGUGCUAGGGAUACAAAUACAAAUAAAGUCUCUUCCCUCAAGGAGCUUAUAUUCUAAUAGGAGAAAACACACAAAAGGAAGCUAAAAAGCAGAUGGUAGGGAAAUAGGUCCCCAACAAGGUGGCAUGGUGGAGAACUCAGACAAAUCCCAGAGUAGUGAAACCAGGAGAGAAAUAUGUUUGAGCUUAAAUGGAGGGAUCAUAGAUCUGGGGCCAAAAGGAACCUCAGAGGCCAUCUAGUUCACCCACAAUCAUUUUACAUUUUGGUAAAGUAAAGCCAAAUGACUUGCCCAAAAUUACUCAAAUAAUAGACAUCAGAGAUAGGAAAUGAACCCAGAUCCAUUAACCCCAGAGCCAUGCUACAUUGUAUGGGCAACCUGAGAUUUUUUUUUAAAAGUAAAAAAGAUAAGGUAGAACAAUCAAACAACAAGCACUUAUUAAGUCCUUACUAUGUACAAGAUACUGCACUAUACACUGAGGAUAUCAAAACAAAGGGGGAAAACGGUCUCUGCCUUAUAAUUUAGACAGGAGAGGCAACAUGUGUUUGUAUAUACAAAAGGCGAUUUUGAGGGAACGACACCAGCAGUUGGGGGGAAUAAGAAAGGCCUCAUGUAGAAACCCAUUGCCGAGCUGGGUUGAAGAAAACUAAGGAUGCUAAGAAACAGAUAUGAAUAGAGAAUGCCUUCCUCAUGUGGGGGGCAACAUCCCAUGCAAAGGAAUGAAGAUCAGAGAUUCAGUGCCAUGUUUUAGAAAUAGCAGAAAAUUCAAUUUGGCCGGACCAUCAUGGGUGGAAAUAUAUGUUGGAGCCAAGUUUCUACUUGAUCCUAAAGAUAAUAAGAAAUCACUAGAAUUUACUGAAUAAAGCAGUGACAUAGCAGAUUUUCACAGUAGAAAAAUCUGUUUGGCAACUAGAUGAAGGAUAGAUUGGAUGGAGGAUGAGAUUUAAGGCAGAAGGCCCAAUAAGGAAUCUAUUGUAAUAGUCUAAGUGAGAGAUAAAGGGGAUCUGAACUAUAGGGGUGCUGUACAAGUUAAGAGAAAGGAAUACUUAAGGUAUACUUUGUAGAAGCAGAAACAGUAAGAUUGGGCAACUGAAUGGAUAUGUGAGUCCAUGAGAGUGAGAAUUCAACAAUAGCAUCAAGUUGUGGAUCUGGGUGACUGGAAAGAUAGUGGUACAGAUGUAGAGAAGUACAGAAGAGGAGAGUUAUGGACCCGCUAAGUUUGAAAUAUCUAGUGGAUAGACCGUUCAAAAUGUCCAAUAGACAAAUGGAGCUCAGGAGAGAAACUUGAAAUGGCCUGGAAAUGCAAAUCUGAUGAUGUCACCAACAGAGAGUCUAGAGAAAGAGAAAUCCCAAGAAGGUCCAUAAACAUUUAUUAAGGACUUACCAUGUGCUAAAUGCUGGGACAGAAAUGUGAGGAACAGCCAGAGUUAGAGAGCACGCUAUAGAUAAUGAUCCAGCAAAGAAGAAUGAGAGAGAAUGACCAGGAGAGCCUGAUCCUCAGUAUCAGAUACUUCAGGGAAGUCAAGAAGAAUGAGAAUUGAGAAAAGACGUACAUUAAUAUUAGGUAAAUAAGAGAUUACUGGGAGUGGGGGCGACAGGUAGGUAGCUUAGUGAAUUUUAAGUUAGGCCUAGGGACAGGAAUGGGUUCAAAUCUAACCUCAGAUAUUUCCUAGCUGUGUGACCCUAGGCAAAGUCACUUAAUCCCCCACUGCCUAACCCUUAUAGCUCAUCAGCCUUAGAAACAAUACAAAGUAUUUAUUUUAAGAUAGAAAUUAAAAAUAAAAGAUCACUGAGAAGUUUCAUUUGAGUAAUGAGGUGAAUGUGAAAAGAGAGGAAAGAAAGGUGAGAAGAGAAAACUGUUCAAGAAAUUUGGCUGAGAAAAGUAAGACAAAUUCUAAGAUAAUGGACUGAAAAGUAAGGCCUGUAGAGUUUUUUUUAAGGAUGAGGGAAAUUUAAACUGAAUUGAAGAUAUUAAUGAAGGAACCAGUAGAUAGGAAGAAAUCACAAUUUCCAAGUAUUUUUAAAAGUUAUCACAUAGAAAAUGGUUCUGAAUUGUUCUACUUGGCUUCAUCGAGCAGAAAUAGGGUCAAUUAAUGGAAACUACAGGAGAGCAAAUUUUGGUUCCAUGUAAGAAAAAACUAACAAUUAAAACUGUCUAAAAAAUGGAAUAGGAUGACUGAAUAUUAGUGGUCUUAUAACUAAGGUUAAAAUGACCUCUUGUUAGGUAUUUUAUAUUGGGAAUUCUUGUUCUAGUAUAGCCUGUGCUGUCCCAUCCACUCUGAUCUUGUGAAUGGUAAGCUGACUUUGGCUGCUGUUAAGAUUAAAAUUCCCUGGAGACUAUAUCUUAAUUUAUAAUCAUUAAAUAAAUUAAAAGAGAGGGUCAGACAAAGAAAAGGCUCUUGCCACGGGUAGCUGGCUGUUCCCUUUACCAAACCUCAAAUGAGCUCCAGAGCAAUCUCCACAAACACUUUCUUACACCAAAAUCCUCCCCCAAUGGAGUGACUUCCUUUCUCCAAAUCUUUUUUAAGCUAUUCUGAAUCUCUCUGAUUUUGCAGACUCCAAUCUUUGUCGGUAUCAGAGGCUAGUCUUCUGGACUUGGGACAAGAGGAAAGCAUUUCCUGGUGCCAGGGAGCCACAAGGCUUCUGACAUCCUCUCUGGGUGUGCGUGUAUCCCCCUCAUACAGAUAAGCCCCAGGCCUUCCUCCUAACUCAGAGUGUGGCUGAAUUGCUACCUCAAAGAAUGGGCUAUUUUCAAACUCAAUAUGAAAUUUUCCUCUUAGAAUCUAAGGCUGAUUUUAGGGUAUCAAGAAAUAAGGUUCAGGCUAGUAUUAAAUUCUCACACUGCCAUAUUUUAGGAUAGGAAAGAGCAUGACUUUCAACAUGAGGUCAUUUUAAAGGAUAUAAUAAAUAUCCAUAUGGUGUUUUAAUGCUAAGAGUGGGGAAAACUUAGUAUUAAAUUCAAAGUACCUUUAGUUAAUGUUUGCUAGAAAGCUGGCAAAAAAUGGAGACUUUCAGGCUUCUAGUCUGAUCCAGGAAACCCAUUUCACAAGUGAUCAUACAUACACUGUCACAAGAAUUCCAGACAGCAUUUAACUAGCUGUGCAUCAGCCUAUCUGAUUCAAUUCAUCAAAUAUUUGGCCAAAAGAAAGUACCAAAAGGUUCCAUUGAAAAUAGUCCAGCAGGUCAAAUUACCACUUGCUCAUAGAUGUUAGAAAGAAAGGUACUUUCUUUCCUAGAAAUUAUUAUUCCACAAGAUAAAUUAACCAAGGAAGCCUCAAGAUACUCUCAGGCAUGUACUUCAUUUGGUCAGACAUCAGUUUUCCUCAACAGCAAAUUUCAAGGUGAUCUGAACAGUUUCUGGGUUCCAAACCAUUACCCACAGACACAUAUUAGUGAAGUCCCUACUCAGAUUCUUUCUCUUUGUGGAUUAUACAGACAUGAUAUGUAUACUUAAGCUAAUUCUUGCUAGGCAAAACUUGAGGAAAAAAUGAAAUCCUGAGACAUACACUGAGAAUACCACAGUUUAUGUGGCCCUGUGUGAGUAUGCACCUUGGAAACCACAAAGUUUUCUAUCUAACCACAGUUAGCUGUGAUUGAGAUAUGUUUUUGUCAACGACUCUUAGAAUCCACACUUAUUUGCUCCUGGAAGUAAGUGGCAUACCUCAUCUCCACUUGUGAAAGGACUAGCAGAAAACCUAAAUUCCACCUGUUUAUUUGGCAGCUCCUUUCACUUUUUGUAAUUGUUUGAUAAUUUGGCUUAGAGUACAUUAGUCUUAGAGUACAUAAAUUUAUUUACUUUCUCUGUGACAUCUAUAUUUGGAUUAUAGAAAUUCAGGCUGCUGAUCCAAGUGCUUCUCUCAGCUAACAAUGAGUCACUGAAUCUAACCCUAGAGAUUCUAGUUUUCUUUAUAGACCUGAUUCAUUUUUCUCCGGGAUCACACUGGAAUCUCCCAUUCCAUUGUAUUGGAUUCAUACAAACAGCCAAGAUCUUUUCCAGGGUCUCUUUCUUGGGGAGGCAGAGGGAAAAGAUGGAGGGCAAUUUGUAACAAGAAUUAUGAAUGGGAUGCAGCUAAGAUCUGCAGAAAACAUCUUAAAUUCAAAUCUGGCCUCAGACAUUUACUAGCUGUGUGACCCUCGGCAAGUCACUUCACCCUGUUUACUUUAGUUUCUUCAUCUGUAAAAUGAGCUGGAGAAGGAAAUGGCAAACCACAUCAAUAUCCUUUCCAAAAAAGGGUAAAAUAUGUAAAAUGUACAUUAUUUGUAAAUUUGUAAAAAUUCUAACAAAUGGAAGAAAUUAUUAGAAACCUCUAUAGGUUUAUACUUUAUACCUUUCUUGCAGUACAUAUCACAUUUUCUACUAAAUUAUAACUUUUUUGAAGCAUGAACAACACCUUCCUCCUUUCUUAUGUCUCAUAGCUUCUAGUUCCUGUUUGCUCUGCAACUGACAGAGCUUUAAAUUAUUCCAUUUAUCAACUAGGGAAUGGCUUCAAAGCUUUUCCACUGUGUGAUAGGACCUGCCAGGGUUCUUAACUCACUAGCAGAGUCUUUGAACUGCCAAGGUCACCUCUACCACAGAAAAGGAACUAGAGUAGGACUUUAAUAAAAGGUCAGGUAUAUCAAUUCUAAAUAAAUACAAGUUAUCAUUCAUUUUAAAUGCUUAGCUCAAAAUGAAGAAGAUGCCUACAAAGAAGGCAGGGGAGAUUUUUACUAUUUUGUAAAUGAAGAAACUGAAGCACAGAAAAAUGAAUUGAUUCUCCUAAAGGAAAUAGCAGUAUUAUUAAACCCUGUCUAUUCUGUGGACUCCUCAUAUACUGUGCUACACAAGAAUUUAAUUUCUUUAAAUACAUAUUUAUUUUGUUAAAUAUUUCCCAAUUAUGUGUAAAAAUCUUUUAACAGUUUUUAAAAUUUAUUUUCUGGCUGAGUAACAACUCAAGAUAGAAGAACAAGGUCUAGGCAAACAAGGUUAAAUGAUUUUCCCAAGGUAACACAACUAGGAAGUGUCUGAGGCCACAUUUGAACUCAAAUUCAGGCCUAUACUGCUAUCGACUGAGCAACUUAGCUGCCCCUAAUAUUCUUUUUAAAAUUUGAGUUCCACUGUGCCCAAAGGGCUAUAAAACAAUGCACAUCCUUGGAUCUGGUAAUAUCAUUAUUAGGUCUGUAUCCCAAAGAGAUAAAAAAAAAAGGGGGGGGGGAAGGACCUACUUGUACAAAAAUAUUUAUAGCAACUUUUUGUAGAGGCAAAAAACGAAAUUGAGGGGAUGUUCAGCAAUUGAGGAAUAGCUGAACAAAUUGUGGUAUAUGUUGGUGAUGAAAAAAAGUGCUGUAAGAAAUGAUGAACAAGAUGAUUUCAGAAAGAGCUAGAAAGACAUACAUAAACUGAUGUGUGGAAUAAAAUAAGCAGAACCAGGAGAACAUCAUACACAAUAACAGCAAUAUUGUGGAAUGAUCAACUGUGAAAGACUUAGACAUUCUCAUGAUUUUAGGACAAUUCUGAAGGGCUUAUGACAAAGAAUGCUAUCCACCUUAAGAGAAAGAACUUUUGGAGUAGGAAUGCAGAUGAUUUUUCAUUUUAGUUUAUUUGGGGGUUUUGGUUUUAUAUGAUUAUUCUCUUGCAAAAAUGAACAAUGUAGAAAUGUUUUGCAUGUAUAUACAUGUAUAACCCUGAUCAAAUUGUUUGACAGCUUCAGGGAUGGGAGGGAGACAAUCUGGAUCAUAUAACUUCAAAUAACUUAUGUGGAAACACUUAUUACAUGUAACUGAUAAAAUAUAUUUACAAAAAAAAAAUUCCAGUUCCAAAUUCUAUCUUCUCUCUUUCCCCCCCUUCCCACCUCUUUAGAAGUUAAACGAUGAUAUUGAUUAUACAUAUGAAGUCAUGCAAAACCAUUGAUUACCAACAUAUACCACAAUUUCCAUAUUAGCCAUGUUGCAAAAGGGACAUUCACAUCCCUCCCCCCAAAAAAUUCUCCCAAAAAAUAAAGUAAAAAAACAAGGACACUUAAGAGUUCAUCAGUUGUCUCUCUAGAGGUGUGUAGCAUUUUUCAUGUGUCCUUUAGAAUUGUCUUGUAUCACUUCCUCUAUCAGAAUAGUUUAAUCUUUCACAGUUAAUCAUUCUUACAAUAUUGCUGAAACAAGCAUUCAAACUUGAAGGAGAAAUUCUUUGAAGAAAUCUUUUUGUAAAGCAAACAUUUUCAGUUGUUCUUUCCCAAAUUUUCACUUUAAGCUAGGUUUUCUUAAAUCUGAGCAUUCAAUCCGCAAGUGUUUUAUUAAGGGCCUAUUUUGCCACUGUCCCUGUGCCAUGUUUCCUUUUAAGAGGCUGACAUUAUUGAGAGAGACCUCCAAAGGAAACGGAUGAAUCCUUCCUAAAUGUCAAAGAAAACAAGUGGGGGUAGAACACUGGGUAGGACGCAGGUUUCACAACAGGUUGCACAGACUGUUCCUUCGCAGGGGAGGUAGAUUUUGCAUACCCAGUUCUCCCUCAGAUUUCACAUUAGCAGCAAGCAUCCUUCUUGUCCCACCCCGGGGUUGCGUGGCCAUUCUCGCAGGCUCAGAUUUGGACAUCAAAAGUCACGCCCCUUCGCCCCAUUUGCUGCACAUCUUCCCGAGAACAUAGGGGGUGGGGCGGAUAGGGCUGCCCCAACCUCUAGACUACACUGGAGAAGGUAGCCCCGUCGCUUCAGUGAACCUCAGUUUCCCUCAUCCUCAUAUGUAAAUUAAUGGGGGGGGGGGUAGGGGUUGGUCUCGAGAUCUCUAAAGGUUCUUUUCCCGAUCGACUUUCUGGGACUCUGAGGUUCUCAAGCCCCGCCUCGAUUCAGCCAAAAGGAUAAGAAAAAGAAUUGAACAAGAGAGAUAGGAGGAUAUGACAGUUCUCGCCAUUGUACCCCGCUUCCUCUCAGGAAGCAGAAACACCCCCGAGAUCGAUAUUAGCCAACCACCUCAGCCAGAGGCAGACCUCGGCGACGGGUGGCCAGUAGGGUCAUACCGCAACACCACCCGAGGUCUAGGAGGCGCAGGAUUAUGUUCAUUUGCCCUCACUCAACAUGGCGCUCCGGGAAGUGGAGGUUAUCGUGAAGUGGAGGGUGGAGCGAAAGAAGAGCGUCGUAUGACUGGAUCGGAAACGGCGCGAGCCUGUGGGAAGCGAGGGGUCAUUUGCCCUCAUCAAAGAUGGUGUUCACAGCGCGUUUUCUCCUUCCCCCCCCAGCCCCGACCCCACGCGUUAGUCCCUGGCCCCGCCUCAUUACUCUGACCCCGCCUCCGCCUUCUAGCUACCCGUUGCUGGGCCGCGCUCACUCCGCGUCGAGUUGUCUUCUCCCGGGCCAGGUAGAGAUAGGCAUUUUGGACAUGGCGGCGGCGGCUACUGCAGUAUCUUCGACGACGAAGGGGAAUGGGACCAGCGGCCGGUCUGGGCCCAGUGAAGCCAGCGGCCCUCGAAAGAAGAAGGGACCGGGGCCCUUGGCCACCGCGUACUUGGUCAUCUACAAUGUAGUGAUGACUGCCGGGUGGCUUGUUAUUGCAGUUGGUUUGGUCAGGGCAUAUUUGGCAAAAGGUAGCUAUCACAGCCUUUAUUUUUCAAUUGAAAAGCCUUUGAAAUUCUUCCAGACUGGAGCCCUCCUGGAGAUUUUGCACUGUGCUAUAGGAAUUGUUCCCUCUUCUGUAGUCCUGACUUCUUUCCAGGUGAUGUCAAGAGUUUUUCUAAUAUGGGCAGUGACACACAGUGUCAAAGAGGUACAGAGUGAAGACAGUGUCCUUCUGUUUGUGAUUGCCUGGACAGUCACUGAGAUUAUUCGUUACUCCUUUUAUACAUUUAGUCUACUAAACCAUCUGCCUUAUAUCAUCAAAUGGGCCAGGUACACACUUUUCAUUGUACUCUACCCAAUGGGAGUGUCAGGCGAGUUACUCACAAUAUAUGCUGCUUUACCCUUCGUCAGACAAGCCAACUUAUAUUCCAUUAGCCUACCUAACAAAUACAAUUUCUCCUUUGACUACUAUGCAUUCUUAAUCCUGAUUAUGAUCUCCUAUAUUCCACUUUUUCCUCAGCUGUACUUGCACAUGAUACACCAGAGAAGGAAGGUCCUUUCUCAUCCUGAAGAACAAAAGAAAUACGAGUGAUUAUCCUGCUCUUGCCCCAGAACUCUCCACAGAUCAAAAAUGCUGCAGACUUUUGGAGUCCCCAACAGGUUUCAUAGGGAAGAAUAAGCAAGGACUGUUUUUAAAUACAAAAAAAAACAAAAAACAAAAAUGUGGCCAGCGAACCUGAGAGUUACAGAGAGUUGUUCCGUGACACACCGGACUGUCUCGUCGGCAUGCUUUUUCAACCGGAAAUCCCACCAGUGCAUGGCGGGGGAGGGGACGUCACUGUGGGGCGUCCCUUCUCCUCGUGUAUCUGCUCCACAUCCUAGAUUCUAAAUGCUGGAGAGUUCUGUCCACGUGAUCCAAGUUCUACCCACUGAAUGCCCAGCCUGAUCCCAAUCGCGUUUCGUUACUGCAGCCCAUGUACCCCGGCCUUUUCAAGUGCUUGACUGCAUGCCGGAGGCCGUCUGUCCUGCCAGAAUGACCCCCUUUCUCCUAGCUGUGAGGGCUUCCGGCUGGGCCUGGGCGCGUCCCCCCACACCCCCCGGGGAUUGCGGUAGACGAGCCAGUGGAGGCCCGCCAGAGUCCGGCAAUUCAGGACUAACGUGCACACUAGAACGACUGAGAGACCCUUCUUCUGAACCUCUGAUAGCUCUUCCUCUUUCCUACCAUUAACCAGGACGGGCCGCAGUACAGGAGGAGGAGGACAGCCCCAGGAGCCCCUCGGAGCAGCUUGCUGCUUCUCCAGGGCUCGCUCUCCCUCUGCACUUCCUUGGGCUGACUCUUCCUCCAGCAGCUACGGUGUGAAGAGGACAGGAAUGAAAAGUUGAGAAGCGAUGAACCCAGGCCUUGUGGAGCUUCUUUGUUUCCCUUGCAAACUCCAUUCUAUUUCAUGACUCACCUGCUAAUUCUGUGACACCAUCUAAAACCUUUCAAGAAGUUGAAUUAAAAUUGGAAAGUUAAUCUUAGAGACUCAUCAAAAUCUAAAUAAAAUUUGGUCUCUGGAGCCUUUACUCAAUUGGUUUUGGUUGAGUGUUAAUGGUAAUUAGAUAAAAUGUCUGGCUUGUAGAGUAAUUAUCGUUUUAAAUAUACUUGCUAAGAUCAGAUGAGGGUUAUAAUGGAAAACCAAGCUUGACCUGUUGUUUUUUUUAAUGCUCAUUUCAUAAGUAUUUGCAAGCAAAGAAGGAAAAUAAACGGGAAUUGUGCAAAUAGCAUAAAGAGCCUGGGUAGAUGGGCAAAAUGCAACUGGGUUGAACUUGGAGUCUGUAUGGUACUGCAGGUUGGGCUCCAGCCUCAGUCACUUACUAGCUAUAUGACCCUGGGCAAGUCACUUAACCUCUGUGCCUCAGUUUCCUCAUCUGUAAAAUGGGGAUAAUAAUAGCACCUACCUCCCAGGGUUGUUGUGAAGAUCAGACAAGAUAAAUAUAAAUAUAUAAAGCGCCUUGCAGACCUUAAAGCGCUGUGUAAAUGCUGGCCAUUUUUUAAAAUUUACCCAAUUAGUUUGUGUUUGAAUUUAAAAUUUUUGCUUCACCUUUAAUGGAAUUUAUGUUGGGUAUGUCAGGGGAUAAAAUUGAUUCUGUUUUGAGUUGGCAUGGAAAUUCCUCGCUCUGUCAGGUAAUCUUAAAUUAUAUUAAAUGGUUUUUUUGACCCUAAA